AUGGCUCCUCAUGCAGAUGGACUUGCUGGUAAAGGCCAGGCCGCUGCGAAGCUGACCGGCCAAUACCAUGCCACAUCCAGCGCCAGCGCCAUCGAGGCAGAGGGCAAGUACGCCGCACACAACUACCACCCGCUCCCCAUCGUCUUUGCGCGCGCUAGCGGCUCUGACGUCUGGGACCCGGAGGGAAAGCACUACCUAGACUUCCUAUCCGCAUACAGCGCCGUGAACCAGGGCCACUGCCACCCCGAGCUGGUGAAGGCGCUCUGCGACCAGGCCCAGCGCCUCACCCUCACCUCGCGCGCCUUCUACAACGACGUCUUCCCCAAAUGGGCCGAGAAGAUGAAGGACGUCUUCGGGUACGACAUGGUGCUCCCCGUCAACACCGGCGCAGAGGCCGUUGAGACCGCGCUCAAGAUCGCGCGCAAGUGGGGUUAUAAGUCCAAGGGCAUCCCACAAGACAAGGCACUCAUCUUCGCCGCCGCGGACAACUUCCACGGCCGCACGCUGGGCGCCAUCACCCUCUCCACCGACCCCGACUCCCGCACCAACUACGGGCCCUACGUGCCCAACAUCGGCGCCGUGAACCCCACCACCGGCAAGGAGAUCCGCUACAACAACGUCCAAGACAUCGAGGACGUGCUCGCCGUGCACGGCAAGGAGACCGCCGCCAUCCUCCUCGAGCCCAUCCAGGGCGAGGCCGGUGUCGUCGUCCCAGAUGACGAUUACCUAACCCGCGUGCACGCGCUGUGCAAGCAACACAACGUCCUCCUCAUCAUCGACGAGAUCCAGACGGGCAUCGGACGCACGGGCCGCAUGCUGUGCAGCGAGUGGUCGAACAUCACGCCCGACCUUGUGACGCUGGGCAAGGCGCUCUCGGGGGGCAUGUACCCCGUAGCCUGCGUGCUUGGGCGGUCUGAGAUCAUGUUGACCGUCGAGCCUGGGACGCACGGAUCGACGUACGGCGGCAACCCGCUGGGUUGCGCGGUGUCGAUGCGUGCGCUCGAGGUGAUGGAGGAGGAGGGGCUGACUGCGCGCGCCGAGAAGCUGGGUGAGGUGCUCAGGAAGGGGCUGAGGGCGAUUGAUUCGCCGAUGGUGAAGUUGGUUAGGGGGAGGGGGCUGCUGAAUGCGAUUAUCAUCGAUGAGGCGCAUACGGGCGGGCACACGGCGUGGGAUCUGUGUAUGCUGAUGAAGAGUAAGGGACUGUUGGCGAAGCCGACGCAUGAGAAUAUCAUUCGGUUUGCGCCGCCGUUGGUGAUUUCCGAAGAGGAUAUGCAGAAGGCGUUGGGGAUUAUUAGGGAGGCUAUGCAGGAGCUGCCGACGCUGAAGGGGGAGAAAGAGGAUGAGGUUAUCCCGGCGGCGGAUAGGAAUGUCAAGAUCCACCUUGACGAUUAG